AUGAACUAUGUACCUACUGCUUUAUGGAAACUAUUAUCACCCAUUUAUUUGCCAACGCCUAGAGAAGAAGACUGGAUUAAAAUUUCAAAUGAGUUCAAUCAAAUUUCAAAUUUUCCUAAUUGCACAGGAGCAAUUGAUGGUAAGCACAUUGCUAUUCAAUGUCCACCAUCAUGUGCUGGUUCCGAGUAUUUUUAUUAUAAAGGGUUUCACUCAAUUGUGCUUCAAGCAGUGGUUGAUGCUCUCCCAAAAUUUAUAACAAUCGAUGUCGGGGAGUAUGGCCGGUCCAGUGACAGUGGAAUAUUUAAAGAAUCUAAUUUUGGUAAAAUGUUACUACACAAUGAAUUAAAUUUGCCACCAUCAAGAAAAAUGCAUGAUGAUAUCAAUGAAGAAUAUCCUUUUGUGUUUGUUGGGGAUGAAGUAUACCCGUCAUUACCAUGCCUGAUGAGACCUUUUCUGCGUAUUAACUUAACAAACGAAACACGUAUUUUUAACUAUCGACAGUCGGACAAGACGAAUAGUAGAAUGCGCAAUCGGAAUUAUGGUUAA